AUGCUCAUUUACUCCACACAAACUCCGGCGUUGCACAGCAAAGUUGGGGAGAAUGUUCCUCACCGCACUAUGGCCUCAGGCACGAACAAAAGGCCAGUGGUAUGCUGUCCGAAAGCAUAUCUGCAUCUGCAAUCCACUUCUCUAAUUUAUGAAUGGCAAUUACCAUAUUGCAUAAUUGCCAGUUAUUUGUAUCAUGACGUAUACAGUUAUUCUCUUCGUCACGCGAAAGCUACCUCUUACUUCGGGUCAGCUCAAGAACAUUGGGAGAAUAAACAUAUCCCGCUUCUUAAGUCGCUCACCGACCCACUAUUCCCUCUCAAACAUACACCCCGCUAUCUCGCUCGAACGGGACGGAAAGGGUUUGGAAGCUUAGCUAAUCCGAUCCAUCCGCCACUUAACUUGAGAGGAAGCCCUGGAGACUUCGAUUUCGAUGACAUUGCAGAGAUGACUUUUAAGAAUGAGAGGGCCUUUGAAGAAUUCUACAAAACCAUCUGUGAAACCGGCAAGGCAGCGAAACUAGCAGCAGAUAAAGAGCAAUUUCUUGAUAGUGGGAAAAUGAGAGCUGUCGCGGUUGGAGAAACGAUGAUUACGAUAACAUAG